AUGGCUCUACGAGACCCGGCCUCGCCCUCGCCGGCGCCAGAAGCUCCUGUCGCAAGUGCACCCGGACCUCGCGCAGCAGCACUACAGAAGGUGUUCGCCGGCGCCCUGGCCUCGUCUCUCAAAGCAAACUCGUACGCGAACUUCAGCUCGUGUUUCCCGACGCCGGCGAAAUACUGUCCGACGGCGCUCGAAGGAGUCUGGCGACAACUGAACACGCGGUUGGAGGAAGAGUGCAUGCGGGAUUUCGAGAAGAUCCUGGAAGAAAGACAGGUCAUCGCGGGUCUGAAUCAGUGGGACACGUUGAUCGACGAGGCUCGGAGGAAGAAGCAUCGCGCCGUGGAAGAUGAAAUACCACAGAGACCAUUGCACACUUUAUCCGCCGACGAAUUGCACACCGCUCACUUCACGCCCUACCUGCAACAAGCAACGGAGGAGUUGAAUACGAGAUUACAAGCGUCGCAGCAAGAGAAUGCGAUGAUGCAGCAGUCAAUCUCUGAGCAACGGGGUGAAAUUGAGCAGCUCCUGUCUGGCCUCGAACACGCCGUACGCGAUAUUGAAGGAAGCGUCGAGGCAAUGAGCACAGACGAACAGAGCUGCUUGAAUGAGCUGAGAGAAGAGUUAUGGCAAAUGGAACAGGAGGUCGCUGCAACGAGAUAG